UUCUGUCUUGUGGGUUGUUGCGUUGUAAACUUCUACCAGACUACACAGCGCAACAACCCAGAAGACAGAAAUCUUAAUAUAUAAAGAGUUAGAGAAAAUGUAUUCCCACACAUCUUAAACAAAUGUCACCAAAUGUUAAAGUGAUUCCAGUGAGAACAAAAAAUAAAUUGUCGAUAUAUUAUACCGCAUGAUUGGGCAUGCGCGUAGGUACUCCGUUGGCAUUGUAUCGAGCACCGUAGCACAACCAUCGCACACGGCUCGGACAUGAAGACUAUAAAACACGGAAUUGGAGUCUGCAUUAUCGCUCUGUGUCUUUGUCUGAGCCUCCAGCUACGGUGGACUGUUAGCAGAGCACCAGACACUGGACAACCUCAAGUGGACGAAAAAUUUGAAUGGCUACAAGAAAAUCGAGAUGUGAGACAGUAUGUACUGCCUGAUGUUGGAACAACGCUCCUGGGUCCAGAAAUAUCAUGCAGUGACAGACUGCGCCUUCUGAUUCUUGUGACCUCAGCUCCAGGCAACAGAGAACAAAGACAGGCUGUCAGGGAUACGUGGGGCUAUGUUGCACCUGUACCUGACACCAGAUUGCUCUUCUUUCUCGGGCACGAUGGUGAUGGGUGGCCUCCACAAACAAUGAAAUUAGUGUUGUCAGAAGUUGAAAAAUAUGGUGACAUCGUUGUGGAGGAUUUCAUCGACAGUUAUCACAACCUGACACUCAAGAGCGUAUUCAUGUUGAAGUGGGCUAUGAACCACUGCAGAUCAGUGCCAUUUGUGUUGAAGACAGAUGAUGAUAUGCUCAUAAACAUCCAGGCACUUCUACACGAGUUAAAAGACGACAGGUACAAGCCUUACGAGCCACUAAUCAUAGGAAGAAUACAAGAAGGGUCCAUACCAUAUCGAGACAGAUCAUCUAAAUGGUAUAUACCAUACUGGUUAUAUGAAGCAACAAGUUUCCCUACCUUUGCCUCUGGUACAGGAUAUGUUAUGACACAGAAAGCUGUGUCAGAAGUAUAUUAUAAAGCUUUAGACACCCCUCUUCUACCAUUAGAAGAUGUUUUCCUCACAGGUUUAGUUGCUACUAAAAGCCUUGGAAUUCCUCUGAUAAAUAUACCGAGAUUCCAUAAUGAUCGACCCCGAUUUGUCGAACAUCCAUGUCUGUAUCACCAUCUCAUCACAGUCCAUGAACUGACACCAACACAGCUCAAGAGACUAUGGACAGCUCUAUCAACACUUAAACCAGCAAAAUGCAAUUCACUUUAUGCAAGAUUCCUGGCAUAUUUUUUUGGUACUGGUCAUUAUGAAGUAAUUUCUGAUGUAGUCUGGUAAAUUAGGGAAAAUACAGAAUCGAUAGUUAAUAUAAAUUGGAAUACUUCUUAUUUGACAUGAGCUUUCUUUGAAAAUCUGCAUGCCUUGUUGGUCUUGAUUUGUUCCAAAUAUAAACAUGUCGGUGCAAAGACAAUCACACUACAAAUUAUCGCAGCAUAAAAUAAAAAAUUUUAUUCGUCAUAUUCUAUUAAAUACUUACCAGACUGAAACAUGUUUAAAUAAAAGUUGCCUGCCUUAAUAACAUCUAUUUUGUAUGGCAUUUAGGAAUACCAAUAUAUUUUUAAUGCAAAUAACUUUUGAGAAAAAUUAUAAAGUGCAUCUUCAAAGUAGGACUUAUGCUAGACCAAUAUGAACUGAAAAGUAAAUUCAUCUGACAACCAAACUUAAUCAAAAAUUUUUUCAGGAAUUUCUGAGAUAAAAUGUGUAGACAGAUAAACUUCCCAUUAUUAAUUUAUUUUAUACAACUUGUGCAAGUAAUACAUAAUAAACAUUUAUGGUUGCCUUUUGAGCUGUAAUAAUGUGCGGACAAGUAGGAAGGUACCCACAUUCCUCCAAAAUUCUGAUUCCUACC